AUGAGAGGGAAACCGAGGCGCCUGGACGAUCUGCCCCCCGGCCGGCACCUUGGCGGCUGUCCCAGUACCCGGGGCCUGGGCGAGCCUUGGAAACCGAGCCGGGCGGCUGAGAUCUGCCGCGCUCUGCACCCAGCCGGGCAGGAGCAGCUGCUGGGGCUGGGGAGGAGCGUUACAGGCCUGGCCGAGGCAGCCCUGGCCUGCUAUUUAAGGCCGCCCAGAUGGACGUGCACAGCGCAUGGAGGAGACGCAGCACAUCCGAGUAACGGCUCCCACGGCUCCUGCGUCCCCACGGCGCGGCGCUGGCACAGGCUGGGCUCUGAGAGCCCCACACAGGCGGCUCAGCAACCCCCGGGGCCCAUCGCGCACGGCGCGGCGCAGCCCCUGCCCCGACACACCCAGGGCCGGGCGACAGGCGCCGAGGGAGGAAGGGAUUUGGCCCAGGUCACACAGACCGUCGGUGGCAGAGCCGGCGCGUUCCUCGUCUCCACCGACCCCUCCCCGGUGACGGGGCUCCUGGGCUCCGACCUGCUCCUGACCUGCGGCUUCCCCGCGGCCCCGCAUGGGGCGAGGGACCCGACGCUGCUGGUCAGCUGGUACUUCCAGGGGAGCAGAGUGGCUGAGCUGGACGGGAUCCCCAUCAGCACCCGGGUGGGCUCCAUCCUGUUCUCCCAGCAGCAGGGCCACGCCCAGGCCUCGCUGCUCCUGCCCCGCGUCACGCCGGCCGACCAGGGCCCCUACCGCUGCUCCGUGCGCUACGCCGGGCAGCACGGGGAGGGGACGGUCCGGGUGCAAGUGGCAGCGCUGCCGCGGGUCGAGGUGCCCAGCCCCGUGGUGCAGAGGGACGAGGACAGCGCCCUGGUGUGCUGCGUGCGGGGGUUUUACCCCCAGCCCAUCGCAGUGUCCUGGCUCCGGGACGGGCAGGAGCUAAACGCCUCCUUCGUCUCUGCCGCGCGCCGGGGGCACCGGGACGGGACCUUCAGCCUGGUGACCAUCUACAGACUGACCCCCACGGAGCGGGAUCUGGGGGCGCUGUUCUCCUGCCGGGCAUGGCACCCCCUGCUGAACCAGUCCCGCCAGGCCGACUUCCGGAUCGCCUUCAGGGCUGGCGGCCUGGAGAUGGGGCUCAGGGUCCUGCUGUGGAUGCUGCGAGCGUCACUGCUGCUGGCCAUGGCCAUGGGGGGCUGGCUCUGCUGCGACACCGGCAGCCGGCCGAGGAAGAUGGCGGAGCAGGCGAUGGAGCAGGCGACGGAGCGGAUCUGGGACCCCCUGCGUCAGAGGUUCCAGCGGGCUCGGGAGGCGAUCUCCUCAUGGAGCAGAUAGGAGGAUCCCACCGCUGCCUGCAGCACCAUGGCUCUCCAUCCCCGCAGCGCUGUCCGUGCCUCCCGCGUCCCCUCGGCCUGUGGCCUCCUGCGCUCCGGCCUCCCAGCCGCCAUGUGCAGCACCCUGCCCUUACUGCCGCAGCAGGAGCUCUCUGCACAGACACAGCCUGUGUCCCCUCUGCUACCGUCACAGACUCCUGCGUGGUCGCCCCCGUGUCCCCGGCCCCUCGCUGUGUCCGGUGUGUGGCUGGGGUGUGGUUUUCUCUCUGGUCAGCGCUCAGGCCAGCAGUGAAGCCGUCUCUCUGCAUGCCCUCUGCAGCUGUUGUUACUGGGCUGUGACCCCUCCCUGAUCCCCGCGGACCCUUCUGCUGGGAACCAGCGCUCGGGUCAGGUGUCGCCUGGGC